AUGGCAUUUAACCAUACAGCAUUCUCUGAUAUUCACCUUGUAUCUUCAGCUUUGAAAACAAAUAAAUAUUCCCAUGUAAAGAAUUGCUCUACAUCUGUGAGUAGAUUCAUCCUUUUAGGCUUCCCUUGUACCUGGGAAAUUCAGAUCCUCCUUUUUUCAGUCUUUUUUGGGACAUAUAUUCUGACAGUCAUUGGAAAUCUGUGCAUUAUCUGUGUUGUGAGGUGGGACCAUCGACUACAGACUCCAAUGUGCAUCUUGCUGGCCAAUUUUCCCUUCCUGGAAAUCUGGUUUACCACCUCCACUGUCCCUAAUAUGCUAGCCACCCUUCUCUCUGACACCAGCACCAUCUCCUUCUCAGGCUGCUUCCUCCAGUUCUACUUCUUCUUCUCCACAGGCACCACUGAGACCUUCUUCUUGUCUGCCAUGGCCUUUGACAGGUACCUUGCUAUCUACGGGCCCCUGUGCUACCCCACUGUCAAGACAGUUCAGCGCUGCAUCAGAAUGGGAGCCUGCUGCUGGACGUGUGGCUUCUUGUACUUCCCCUUGCCUGUUUACCUAAUCUCUCAGCUCCCAUUCUGUUGUCUCAAUAAGAUUGAUCACUUCUUAUGUGACCCAGGACCCCUUAUAAAGCUGUCCUGGGUGCCAGCUCCUGUUACUGAGAUCAUCUGUGCCACCUAUAAUUCAGUUCUCAUCUUCUCCACCUUAAUCUUCAUUACCAGCUCCUACACCCUGGUAAUCAGGGCUGUGCUUAGGGUCCCCUCAGCAGAAGGCCGGCGUAAGGCUUUCUCUAUGUGUGGCUCCCAUCUGGCUGUGGUGUCCCUAUUCUGUGGUUCUAUUAUGGUCGUAUAUGUGAGCCCAACAGCGGGCAAUCCAGCAGGGAUUCAGAAAUAUGUGACUUUGUUCUAUUAUGUGUUAAUCACUUUCAACCCCUUGAUCUAUAUUCUACAUAAUAAGGAGAUGAAGGAGGCUCUGAAAAAAUUAUUCAGGACUGUGAGAUUUAGUCAGAGGCAUGGAAGAAAUCUUUGA